AUGGACUUCAUACUCUCCCUGGCGCACUUCUGUGAGAUUUGUGGUCCUACCUCCACCAUAUGUACUCAAAUCGUGCCGGGCAACUGCGCGACUUGCCAUCCUUGCCUCACCCCACCCUCUGAAGAACCCUCGCAAUCCUCAUAUUCCACGAAUCCGACAUGGACAGACACCUCCGCCUCCUCUCCCACUACCCGCCUUGCCCAUCGCAUGUCCGGUGUGGCCUCACCCUUCGAAUCCCCGCCCCUGAGCCCUCGCACCCCCUCGAGCUCCUUUAACAACCCAUACUUUCCAGCCACCAUCGAUGGCUUUGCCGUCACUAGGUUCACCGAGAAUCUGGGGAGCGACGGCGAUGGCUGUGAUAACUGCGACUUUCUCGUGCCAGAGCAUGUCCGUGCUCGUCUGCCAGAGGGUGCCCCGGGUAGCCCGACAAAAGAUGGACGAGGCAGAAAUGGGAGUCCGGUGCUGCGUUCUUGCCAGUCUGUCCUGGCCCGGGGUCCUUCACCCGAUUCAGAUGAAGACGACGACGACGACGACGACGACGACGACGACGAGCAGUCCAAGUCUUAUCUGAGCAACUCGUCAUCCUCCCCGUCAAGCGUGACGUCCUCGACGCCAACAUCGCCUCUUUCGCUCCCGCGCAACACCCACGCACACAAGCUGAUAUACAUGUCGACCCGCCAGCCCAUCUCGCCAUCCGCAUACUCCCUCCUCCGGCGGUCCUACGUCCGCACAUUCUCGUGCGAGGCGCUCCCCAAGAAUUCCCGAUCUGGUCCCUUAUUCUUCGGCGACUGCUCCUCCGGUUAUACAAUCGCAUACGUCUUUCGACUGCCAGACCCGAGAGCGCGAGGCCGCUUACGCACAUAUGCCCUCAUCGCGCUCGGUGGCCGCGACAGCAGGCGCGUCAGCUCCGCCCUGGUCAAGGUGCUGGAACACUUUGAAAGCAUAGCAAAUCAAAUCAUCACCAUGGCCGACCGCGUGCUCGAGCGUGACUCACCCGUCUCGAGACCAACAACCGCCAUCCAACAGCCGCCUCCCACAAGUCCAUUGCUAAGCAACAGCAGCAGCAGCAGCAGCAGCAGCAGCACUAGCUCAGCAAGCCUUAUGCCUGCUGUGCCACAACAGACACCCGAAUCGGGUAACCGCGUCAGCAACACCGGAUCCAAGACUGCCCCCAUUGAUCCGUACCCGGCCUUUGCAUCUCCACCACCACACGCCGACAGCGCCCGCAGAUUUACCCCGGCCUCGUCGUUCCUGUCCGCCAAAAAGGUCGAUCCCGACGGCUAUCCCCGAGUCAGCCGCGAAGUCAUGCGCGCCAAAGGCUUGGCCGACAUUGUAGGCAACCAAAACUUCUUUGUCGAGUUACACGCCAAGUUCACCGUACUCCUCAGCAGUCUCAUCAACGACUUUGGCACUGGUGUUGCUGCCUGA